AUGUCUCCAUAUCAUCUUAUCGUUAGAGACGGAAGAAAACUAGCCUAUGUUAAACAUGAACCAACCCAACAAUUUUUCAAUGGUAGAGAAGUAAUCCCAAACAAAGAAGUGGUUUGUUCUUUUAUUAGAUUGUGUUCGAAGGACUCCGGCAAAGAAAGACUUUAUUACCCUUUAGAAAGUGAGAAUAAGUUUUAUUUUGAAGACCUUAAACCGGGUAAUCUCUUCGUUACACCAAUCGACGAAUUAAAAGAAGAUGAGGUCAUCAAUGAAACACUUUUAAAAGCUUUGGCAGAGAAUAAUCCAAACUUAUUAUCCACCGAGACUGAAGGUAUUGCAUCUUCAUCUAUGCUUGAACAUGACCAUGAACAUGAAAAUAAUAACGAAACUGAACAUGAACAUGAACAUGAAACUACUGGUGAAAAUGAAGAAGUAACCGAUGAACCUGCUGUAUUGCCUGAACACAGACAUCCAGGCCUUGUUUGUACCUGUAUCUUAGAUAACAACCCUGAAUUGGACUCAAGUGAUUUCCCUCUAUUGUGGAAGAAUCGUAAAAAUGCUAAUAUAUAUUCAUUAUUUUUCACAUUUUAUAAUGAAUUUGAUAUCUUAUGCCAAUACCAUCAUAAUGGACACGUAUGCAACAAAAUCAUCACAUUCAAAAAUAAAUUGCAACAAUCAAAGGAUAGAACCAAAGCAAUGGAAAAACAUUUCAAAAUUGAUCAUGAUAUAAGAACCAUUGACUUAAGUCAAAUACCAACUAUGCUAUGUUUCGAUAGACCAAACGUCCAAAGAUUAAGCUCAGAUAUCUACAGAAUUAUAACCAAGAAUAGAAUUGGGGUUGCAAGUCUUCCCAAAGUUCCUGUCGCAAUACCUUCUACAAAGGCAGAGGAAGUGCCAAUCGAGAGAAACGCAAAUGUAUAUGAUUUCACUUUGGCAGAAAAAGCAUUCAUUGAUACUGCAAAACUAUUCAGAAAAUGGAAUAUACCAUAUCAAAUAUUCGAUGAUCCUGAUUUUCAGGCCUGGGCUAAGAUGUAUAUGAAGGAAUGGGAUUUUUCAAAUAAUAGUAGACUAACUAAAUAA